AAUAUAAAUAAAAUACAAAUAAAGAAACAACUUUGCUGACAAUUCUAGAUUUUUGUCUGGUCUAGUCGGAAGAGUCCUCCUGAUAUUCUGGUCUUGUAUCAGUUUUGACAUCUUUGAAUACAAACAGAAAAGAGAGGGUAGGCUCAUUACAUUAAAAAAGAUAUGGGAAUACCCACACCAUAAAUAAAACAUUAAAAAAGAUAUGGGAAUACCCACACCAUAAAUAAAAUAAAUAAUUGAGCGUGAGAGCCAAAUGAAUCGAAAGAUUCAUGUUUGGUUCGGGAAGAGAUCAUGGAAGUUUUGAAAUUAAUGAUAAGAUAAUCUACUUUCAUUAAAUGAUUUAUUAGAUAAUCGAAAACAGAGGAUUUUGAAUACUAUUCGAAAUUCGGAAGAAUUACGUAAAGGGGCCAUUGAGCAGCUCGAAAGAGCCCGGGCUCGCUUACGUAAAGUGGAAAUGGAAGCAGAUGAGUAUCGAAUGAAUGGAUACUCUGAAAUAGAACGAGAAAAACAAAAUUUGAUUAAUGCCACUAGUAAUAGUUUGGAACAAUUAGAAAAUUACAAAAAUGAAACCCUUCAGUUUGAACAACAAAGAGCGAUUAAUCAGGUCCGACAACGAGUUUUCCAACAAGCCUUACAAGGAGCUCUAGGAACUCUGAAUAGUUGCUUGAAUAGCGAGUUACAUUUCCGUACGAUCCGUGCUAAUAUUGGCAUUCUCGGGGCCAUGCAAGAAAUAACUGAUUAGCCCUUCUUUUUUUAGUUAUAGUUUAGGCAUUAUUUUUAUCUUUUCCUUCCUAAAAAGAAUAAAGAAACACUAAUGGUAACCCUUCGAGCCGACGAAAUUAGUAAUAUUAUUCGUGAGCGUAUUGAACAAUAUAGUAGAGAAAUAAAGAUUGUGAAUACCGGUACCGUACUUCAAGUAGGCGACGGAAUUGCUCGUGUUCAUGGUCUUGAUGAAGUAAUGGCAGGUGAAUUAGUAGAGUUUCAAGAGGGUACAAUAGGCAUUGCUCUGAAUUUGGAAUCAAAUAAUGUUGGCGUUGUAUUAAUGGGUGAUGGUUUGAUGAUACAAGAGGGAAGUUCCGUAAAAGCAACAGGACGAAUUGCUCAGAUACCUGUGAGUGAGGGUUAUUUGGGUCGUGUUAUAAAUGCUCUGGCUAAACCUAUUGAUGGGAGAGGUGAAAUUUCAGCUUCUGAAUCUCGGUUAAUUGAAUCUCCUGCCCCAGGUAUUAUUUCUAGACGUUCUGUAUAUGAGCCUCUUCAAACGGGGCUUAUUGCCAUUGAUUCGAUGAUCCCUAUAGGACGCGGUCAGCGAGAAUUAAUUAUUGGGGACAGACAGACCGGCAAAACAGCCGUAGCCACAGAUACGAUUCUCAAUCAAAAAGGUCAAAAUGUAAUAUGUGUUUAUGUAGCUAUUGGUCAAAAAGCAUCUUCUGUGGCUCAGGUAGUGACUACUUUCCGGGAAAAGGGGGCGAUGGAAUAUACUAUUGUGGUAGCCGAAACGGCGGAUUCACCUGCUACAUUACAAUACCUCGCUCCUUAUACGGGAGCGGCUCUGGCUGAGUUUUUUAUGUAUCGUGGACAACAUACUUUAAUAAUUUAUGAUGAUCUCUCCAAACAGGCACAAGCUUAUCGCCAAAUGUCUCUUCUAUUAAGAAGACCUCCCGGUCGUGAAGCUUAUCCAGGAGAUGUUUUUUAUUUGCAUUCACGACUUUUGGAAAGAGCCGCUAAAUCAAAUUCUAGUUUAGGUGAAGGAAGUAUGACCGCUUUACCGAUAGUUGAGACUCAAUCUGGAGACGUUUCAGCUUAUAUUCCUACUAAUGUAAUUUCCAUUACAGAUGGA